AUGCAAUAUAAAUAUCCAUCUAAAAGUGUACUAUUUUGUUCGAUUCGAUUGUCUUGCAUAGUUGUAGCUAAAAAAACUAAUAAUUAUGUCGCAAACAAAGUCGGUGAAAAGUUUGGUUACAUAGAAACGGGAACACCGUCUAACGUCAUUGUCAUGUUCGACCGAGCACAGAUACAUGAUUUCCGGAGAGCUUUCAACUUGAUGGACCAAAACAAAGACGAAUUCCUCGAUAAAAACGAUUUACACGACACGCUGGUCUCUCUCGGCCAAGACCCUAACGUCGAUCGUUUGGAAGGCAUUGUGAACGAAGCUUCCGUUCCGAUUGAUUUCCCAAUAUUCCUGACGUUGUUUAGCGAAAGACUCCGCGGUACGGAUCCGGAAGAUGUGAUCAAAAACGUUUUUAAAUAUUUUGACGAAAACGACGAAAGUCAUGUGGACUUGCUACGUGAGCUAUUGGUUACGAUGGGAGACAGGUUUACAGACGAAGACGCUGAUGGAAUAUUAAUUCAUGAAACUCCUAUUUCAAAAGAAGAAAAAUUAAAUUAA